UCCAGUAAGUUUAGAGUGAUGCAAUGAAAACAAUCUGCCUCUCAAUUUCAGCAAAACUAAAGAACUGAUCAGCGACUUCAGAAAGAAAGGAGGAGAACACACCACCACCUAUAUCAACGGAAAUGAGGUUGAGAGAGUGCAGAGUAUCGAGUUCCUCAGAGUAACAAUAAACAACAACCUGUCCUGGACUUCCCACGUAGAUGCGACGGUUAAGAAGGCACAACAACGCCCCUUCUUCCUCAGGCAGCUUAGGAAAUUUGGCAUGUCCAUAAGGUCCCUCACCAACUUCUACAGAUGCACCAUUGAAAGCAUACUGCCUGGGUGCAUAUGGCCUGAUAUGGCAACUGCUCUGCCCAGGACCGAAAGAAACUGCAGAAGGUGGUGUGCACAGCCCAGACCAUCACAGAAGCCAACGUUCCAUCCAUGGACUCCACUUACACGGCUCACUGCCAUGGAAAGGCAGCCAACAUCAUCAAAGACCCAUCGUACCCCGGUAAUGACCUCGUACAACCUCUUCCAUCAGGCAGAAGGUACAGAAGCCUGCACACACGCACCAGCAGGUUCGGGAACAGCUUCUUUCUGCCGUUAUCAGACUGAUGAAUGGACUCUAGCCUCAAAUAAUGUAACCUAUAUCUCCAAGAACCCCGGCUACUUGGAGAAGACGAUAAAAGAUACCAAUUUCGGUGGCUGGCCUCUUUCAGAAGAUGUCACCAUCUCUGAGCCAGAGAGUUGGAGAGUGCUGGUAGGACUGGGGGGAGAGAGCCGAAGCAGAAGAAGCAUUUCCGAUGAUGUGCUGCAGGCUUUGAGAAGCACCGAUAGGAAGGGGAGGGAUGUGGUGGCAGGUCUGUCCAGUGCUUGUUGUAAAUGGGGUUGCACCAAAAGUGAGAUCAGCUCACUCUGUUAGAGUACACCUCGGCAUCAUCGACAACCUCCUGCUCACCUUGACAUACAACAGAAGCCUGAGGACUGGCGUGAAAUGUGCAAAUAGCUCUCCUGCCAAGAUCUCAAGACUCAGAGGCCGCGAAAGUAUAAAUAUCAGUAUAAAUAUCUGUGCAUGAUACAGGAACUGUGAUCAAAAUUGAGACCGGCAAUUUGCACGAUGCUGACUUUUUGACAGAGAGGCAUUGGUUGAAAUGUUUGAUGUCUUGACUAGAGAUUAACUUUUUUUUUGGUUUUCCAUCAAGCCUUCAUUGUUCUUAUUCAAGGUUUCAGUCAAAGUCUUAAUAUGUUCCCAUCAUGUUUGUACAGUCUGCUUUUCAUUAAAAAAAGUCUACAGCAUCA